AUGCCCUAUGCUGAGAUCACCAUACAUUUGGGCAAAGUGACUUUGGGAGAAAAAAACAGGAAGAAGAUGACCAAUGGUUGCUUGAAAAGACAUGAGAACUCAAGUAUCAUCCAGGCUGUCUGUGCACUGCUGAAUUCUGGAGGAGGCGUGGUCAAAGCAGAGAUCGUUGAUGAAAACUAUAGUUACCAAUGCCACGGGCUGGGGCAGGAUUUGGAAACUUCCUUUCAGAAGCUUCUUCCAUCAGGUUCACAAAAGUAUCUUGACUGUAUGCAACAGAACCAUGACCUCCUGAUUUUUGUGAAGUCAUGGAGCCCGGAUGCCUCCAGCCUUCCGCUGAAGAUUUGCAGCUUACGCUCCAACUUAUACCAGAGAGAUGUGACCUCUGCCAUCAACCUGAGUGCCAGGAGUGCCCUGGAGCUUCUCAAAGAGAAAGAGUCAAGAGCCCAAAGAGGUGUCCCCAGGGUGCACUCUCAGGAAUGCCUCCUCAGAAGAUCCAUCCAGGAAGAAGAAGAUAUUAAGGUGUGUGCUUCGGAAUUUUUUAAAAAAGAUAAACUCAAUUAUAAGGAAAAGCUGAACUUCACAGAGUCAACACAUGUGGAGUUUAAAAGGUUCACCACCAAGAAGAUUGUCCCUCGGAUUAAAGAGACGCUGGCUCAUUAUAUUUCUGCAUUUGCCAACACUCAGGGGGGAUACAUAAUUAUUGGGGUUGAUGAUGAGAGCAAAGAAGUUUUUGGAUGUAAGAAAGAAAAAGUGAACCCGGAAUCACUAAAAACAGAAAUAAGAAACUGCAUAGAAAAGUUGCCAACGUAUCACUUCUGUCGUGAAAAGCCCAAGGUGGAUUUCACAACCAAAAUUAUGAAGGUUUACCAAAAAGAGGCCCUAUAUGGUUAUGUCUGCGUGGUUCAAGUAGAGCCCUUCUGUUGUCUCGUGUUUGCAGAUGACCCGGAUUCCUGGAUCAUGAAGGACAGCAAUGUCAAAAGGCUGGUGGCUCAACAAUGGGUGGACAUGAUGCUGGAUAUUCAGCCAGAUCCUUCCAGCUUGCCCACCACUGAUUACAGUGCUCAUCCGAUUUCACCAGCUUUGCCUGCACCAAGAAGGCCAGCAUAUCUCACAAAAGUCCUGGGAUAUAAGGGAACUCUGCAGCGCCGUUUGUUUCCAGUGACACAGGCAAGCCUGCAAUUUCAGCCAGAAUCCCUCUGUAAAAAGCUGUUCUCAGAUCACAACGGACUGGAGGGCUUACUGAAGGCACAGAUACAUCCUUGUUCUCAUGGGAUUGUGAUAGUUUCUAGAAGCUGGGCUGGUGAUAUUGGUUUAACGAAAGAGCAGAAGGUCCUGUGUGAUGCUCUCCUGGUAGCAGUCAACAGCCCUCUGAUACUCUAUACGAUCUUACCAGACCAAAGUUGGAAUGGAGGCUCUAACUAUACACACAACACCGCCCUUCAGUUAAAGCAGCAGCUACAAACUCUUGGCGGCUACUCAGGGAAAGUGUGUGUCAUUCCAAGGCAGAUAUACCUGACCAGAAGAGGGCCCAGACCUGAACAGUCCCUUGUGUGCUACCCCCGAUCCUACACACUGUCUAGCAAAACGGAAGUGGAAGGUGUGCUGCAAGCCCUUGUGGGAGUCUCAGUGUGCUCCAGGUCAGUGCUGAGUGACCAGCUGGGCUGUGAGUUUUUCAAGCUUCGUGUAGAAGAGCAAUGCAACUCACUCUCCCAGAGCCUUCAGGAAACCCGGGAAUUGUUCAUCCACUGUUUUCCAGGAACCAGGAAGACAGCUCUAGCCAUAAAGAUCACGGAGAAAAUCAAGGAUGUAUUCCACUGCAAACCAAAAGAGAUCCUCUAUGUCUGUGGAAAUGACUCCCUCAGGGAUUUUGUGAUCCAACAAGUCACCUGCCAAAUUGUGACCCAGAGGACCUUCAUGAGAGAAGAGUUCCCAAAAAUUAAACACAUCGUGAUGGAUGAGACUGAGGAUUUCUGUAGGAGAUAUGAUGACUGGUACAUGAAGGCUAAGAGCAUCACCCACCCAAAAGUGAAGGGGGCUGCAAGUGAAAACCUUCACCAUGGGAUCCUCUGGCUUUUUCUGGAUCCUUUCCAAACCCAUCAUGCAGAUGUUAGUGGCCUUCCUGCCCUUUCUGCUCAGUUUCCUCGAAAAGUGAUCACCAACGAGAUCCACUGUGCUGUGGAAAUUGCAAACGUAAUGAAAGAAGAAAUGAAGAGGAUCCAAGAAAGUCCACCCCCCAACAUAUCUCCAGACAUUCUGGCAAUGUUCCAGGAGGCUCCCUAUGAGGAAGCAAUGUGUGCCCAGGCUCUGCCUGGUGUGUGUGAAAUCAAGGCUAACCUGACACUAGAACAAAUAGCCAACUAUGUUGCAGAAAAAUGUCACAGCCUGUUCCACGAGGGUUAUCUGCCCAAAGACAUUGCAAUUCUGUACAGAAGGGAAGACAGAAGGCAGUAUAAGGAUGUGUUGCUCAGAACAAUGGUCCAGAGAACAACAGAGGUUGCAUUCAGCAGUGCUGCGGAUGUUUGUAGUGAUGGCAUCGUUUUAGACAGCGUUCAGCAGUUUUCAGGCAUGGUAAGGAAUAUUGUGUUUGGGCUUAGUCCUGAAUGCAUGCAGUCAGAGGGGGCUCAUAAACUCUGUUUUGCCUCCAGAGCCAUUAAACAUCUCUACUUGCUGUAUAGUAGGAAGACAGCCUCCUAA